GAGAGGCCUUCCGGUUCCUCUGGGAGAUCAGCUGACUCCGGUGCUGCUGUCAGGAGAUCUCAACUGUAUUGAAUGGCAACUAUGAAAAUGAUCAAGCCAUAGAAACGCUAUUGACAGCUAUAUUUUUCACUGUUAACGGCCACAUUUUGUAUUCACAGUUUUCUCUAGCUGCACCAGUGCUGUAAGCAUGACAGAGUUUUGGUUGAUCUCUGCACCGGGAGAGAAGACCUGCCAGCAAACAUGGGACACAAUGAUGGCAGCCACCACACGUACCAACAACCUCUCCGCCAACCACAAGUUCAGCAUCCCAGACCUCAAGGUGGGGACACUAGAUGUCUUGGUUGGGCUGUCGGAUGAACUGGCCAAAUUAGACUCCUUUGUUGAAAGUGUGGUGAAGAAGGUUGCUCAGUACAUGGCCGACGUGCUGGAAGACAGUCGAGACAAAGUACAGGAGAACCUGCUGGCCAAUGGAGUUGAUCUUGUCACCUACAUCACAAGAUUUCAAUGGGACAUGGCAAAAUAUCCCAUCAAACAAUCACUUAAAAACAUCUCUGAAAUCAUCUCAAAGCAAGUAACCCAGAUUGACAAUGACUUAAAGACCAGAGCAUCAGCUUAUAACAACCUGAAGGGAAACCUGCAGAACUUAGAAAGGAAGAAUGCGGGGAGCCUGCUGACCAGGAGCCUGGCUGACAUCGUCAAGAAGGACGACUUUGUACUUGAUUCGGAGUACCUCGUCACUCUGCUGGUAGUUGUACCAAAGACGGCAUACACUGAUUGGCAGAAAACAUAUGAAACGCUGGCUGAGAUGGUGGUACCUCGAUCGUCAAAUCUGCUAUUUGAAGACAAUGACAGUGGACUGUUCAGUGUCACUCUAUUUAUGAAAGCCAUUGAUGACUUCAAACACAAAGCCAGAGAGAACAAGUUCACAGUGAGAGACUUCCAGUACAAUGAAGAGGAGAUGAAGGCCGACAAAGAGGAGAUGACACGGCUCUCCACAGAUAAGAAGAAGCAGUUUGGCCCACUUGUCCGAUGGUUGAAAGUGAACUUCAGUGAAGCCUUCAUCGCAUGGAUCCACAUCAAAGCACUAAGGGUCUUUGUGGAAUCUGUUUUAAGAUAUGGGCUGCCGGUGAACUUUCAGGCCAUGCUCCUGCAGCCUAACAAGAAGACCAUGAAGAAGCUGCGAGAGGUGCUCAAUGAUCUGUACAAACAUCUGGACAGCAGUGCAGCAGCCAUCAUUGAUUCUGCGAUGGACAUCCCAGGCCUAAACCUGAGCCAGCAGGAGUAUUAUCCUUACGUCUACUACAAGAUCGACUGCAACCUGUUUGACUUUAAAGUUUAACACUUUGUCUUUAUGUUGAGUGUUGAUUAAGUUCAAAGGUUUUCCCUGGCACAAACCUCCCCCUCCUCCACCUGGCCCUGCUGUAUGUCUCCCCGCUGUCUGUCUCCCCAUCAGCUGCUUGAAUGACAACGCUGCAUGUUCAUUCCUUGUGGUGAAACGGCUCAUCAGCAAGCUUCUACCACUUUUACAACCAAGGGACAAAAAAGAUUUUUAAAUAUUGUUUCUGUUUACAGUUUAUUUUUCUUCUGAGGCUGCACAUAUAAUUCGCUUUUUUGAUGUUAAAAGGAAUCAUUCUGGAGAGUUGUAUAUUUACUGUGUCAUUCCACAUGUGCUGGUGUGUAUUGAUAUCUACAUCUUCUGUAUUGGUGUUCAGACAUUUGUGUUUACAUAUGGGCAAUGUUAUCACUGUACCCAUGGCAACCAGAUCUGGUAUGUGUUUCUGAGAUUGUGGGGUCACCCUUGCAGACAUUGUGAAACAAAGAUGUUAUAUGAGUGUGUGCUGUUGUCUCAUGUUGUGUAUAUUUGCUGUCAAAAGAGAUCUAUAUCAGAGUACUGUGUAAGCCAUUGAUUGAAUAAAUAUGAUUGGUGAAUUAAUCAUAUGAAAUGCAUGUGAAUUUGUGAAUUGAUUAAUAAAUAACCACUGUAUGUAUUUAA